GUUGAGUCCCUGGCGGGGCGCGGUGGUGGUAGGUGUCGCGCAUGGGGAUCCCUAGCUGACGUGGCUUGACUUGGAGGGGGCAGCUGGAGCCUCCGGCAGCAGCCGCGUCCAGAAAUGCUGAGCCGAUUAUCAGGAUUAGCAAAUGUUGUUCUGCAUGAAUUGUCAGGAGAUGACACUGAUCAGAAUCUGACAGCUCCUUUAGGCCCCGAAUCUCCCCAGGACUCUGACAUGGAAUUGAGUAACAGCACACCCGAGGAUGUUCUGGAGCGCCUGGCCUAUGCAGAGCAGUUGGUGGCGGAGCUCAAAGAGCUCAUUAGACAGAAGGACGUGCAGCUGCAGCAGAAAGAUGAGGCUCUGCAGGAAGAAAGAAAAGCUGCUGAUAACAAGAUAAAAAAACUGAAACUUCAUGCAAAGGCCAAAUUAACAUCUCUGAAUAAACACAUAGAAGAAAUGAAGGCCCAAGGAGGGAGUGGUCUGCCUGCAGAACCUCAGUCGGAGGAACAGCUCUCCAAGCAUGAUAAGAGUUCUACUGAGGAAGAGAUGGAAAUAGAAAAGAUAAAACAGAAACUCCAGGAGAAGGAGGAACUCGUUAGCAGUUUGCAAGCCCAGCUGACCCAGGCUAAGGCAGAGCAAGCUGCACAGUUUGAUAAGAAUUCUACAGAAAUGGAAGAAUUGGUAAUGAUGAAGCAACAGCUCCAGGAGAAGGAGGAAUUCAUUAGCACAUUGAAGACCCAGCUCAGCCAGACGCAGGCAGAGCAAGCUGCACAGUUGAGUUCCAUGCAGCAGGUGGUCCGAGAGAAAGAUGCGCGCUUUGAGACACAAGUUCGUCUGCAUGAGGAUGAGCUGCUUCAGUUAGUAACCCAGGCAGAUGUGGAAACAGAGAUGCAGCAGAAAUUGAGAGUGCUGCAGAGAAAGCUUGAAGAACACGAGGAAGCCCUGUUGGGCCGUGCUCAGGUCGUGGACCUGCUUCAGCAGGAGCUGUCGGCUGCCGAACAGAAAAACAAGAUUCUGUCUCAGCAGUUACAGCAGAUGGAAGCUGAGCGUAAUACUUUAAAGAACACUGUGGAAACAGAAAGACAAGAGUUCAAGAUUCUGAUGGAAAAGAUGGAACUUGAAGUGGCAGAGAAAAAAUUGUCCUUCCAUAACCUCCAGGAAAAAAUGCAUCAUCUUUUGGAAGAGUUUGAGCGAGCAGGCCAUGCUCGGGCUGAACUGGAGUCUCAGUACAGUGCUUUGGAGCAGAAGCACAAAGCAGAAAUGGAAGAGAAGACCUCUCACAUUUUGAGUCUUCAACAGACCGAGCAAGAGCUACAGGCUGUCUGUGAUGCUCUCAAGGAUGAAAAUUCAAAGCUCCUCCAAGAUAAGAAUGAACAGGCAGAUCAGUCUGCCCAGGCCAUUCAACAGCUGGAAGAUCAACUCCAGCAAAAAUCCAAAGAAAUUAGCCAAUUUCUAGAUAAACCAACCUUGCAAAAACAUGAAACAGCAUCUCAGACUUCUUUGCCAGAUGUUUAUAAUGAGGGCACACAGGCAGUCGCUGAAGAGGACACUGCCUCUUUGCAGAAGAGAGUGGUAGAACUAGAAAAUGAAAAGGAAGCCUUGCUUCUUCGUUCUUUAGAGCUGGAGGAGCUAAAAGCUGAGAAUGAAAAACUGUCUUCUCAGAUUAGUCUCCUAGAGGCUCAGAAUAGAAUUGGAGCAGACAGAGAAGUCCAAGAGGUCAGCAUGGUGGAUGUUACCCUGCUCAACAAGAGUAGCUCUUCUCCUGAGGAAAGUAGGCAAGAUAUCCUAGAGAGCACGUUUUCUCAGAAACAUAAAGAAUUAUCCGUUUUAUUAUUGGAAAUGAAGGAAGCUCAAGAGGAAAUUGCAUUUCUCAAAACACAACUCCAGGGCAAAAGGCCUGAGGAGGACCAUGAGGCCCCUGGCGAGAAAGAGAUGAAGCAGAAAGAGGAUGAGGGGAUGCCUCCAGGUAAAAUAAAAGUUGUUGAGGACACAGGGCACGAUUUUCCUUUAACACCGACUGAAGAGAGCAGUCUUCCAGCUGUUGAAGAAGAAGAGACUAGCAUUCAGCAUCAGACUAGGGCAUCUGAGGAAAUACCUUCAAAUGACACUGAGAUGGAAUUGAAAUCCACUGAGCAGGAUGAUGGUGAUAAAUCCCCUCCCGCUGUACCAGAUAUAGGUCAGUGUCUCCAGGGUGAGUUGGAAAGGUUACAAAGUCAAAUUUUGGAGCUUGAGAGAAAUUUUCAUAAAGCAGAAGAAAAUCAUGAGAAAAGUCUGGAUGAGAAAACUAAGGAAAUUAGCAACUUAACCCAGCUGAUCGAGGAGUAUAAGACAAACGCUGAAAGCACCAGCCACGCAUUCACUGCUUUGUCCGAAGAAAGAGACCAGCUUCUUUCUCAGGUGGAGGAGCUCAGUGUUCUACCGGAACUGAGAGCUCAGAUAAAACAACUGGAAGCCAACCUUGCAGAAGCAGAAAGGCAGAGAAGGCUUGACUAUGAGAGCCAAACGACGCAGCACAACCUGCUAACAGAACAGAUCCACAGUCUCAGCAUAGAAGCCAAAUCUAAAGAUGUGAAGAUUGAAGUUCUGCAGAAUGAACUGGAUGAUGUGCAGCUUCAGUUUUCUGAGCAGAGUGCACUGAUCAAAAGCCUGCAAAGCCAGCUGCAGAAGAAGGAAAGUGAAGUGCUGGAGGGGGAAGAACGGGUGAAGUAUGUGUCAGGUAAGGUGGAAGAACUUUCACAGGCUCUUUCACAGAAGGAACUUGAAAUAGUGAAAAUGGAUCAGCUCUUGCUGGAGAAAAAGAGAGCUGUGGAAACCCUCCAGCAAACCAUCGAGGAGAAGGAUCAGCAAGUGACAGAAAUCAGCUCUAGUAUGGCUGAGAAAGUGGUUCAGCUUAAUGAAGAGAAAUUUUCUCUUGGUAUUGAAAUUAAGGCUCUUAAAGAACAGUUGAAUUUAUUAUCUAAAGCCGAAGAAGCAAAAAAAGAGCAGGUGGAAGAAGAUAGUGAAGUUGUUUCUGGCCUCAAACCUAAUUAUGAGUCCAGCCCAGCAGAGCUAACGAGUAAAGAGGAGCUUCAGCAUGAAAUAGACCUGCUGAAGAAAGAGAGUGAGCAGAGAAAGAGAAAGCUCCAGGCAGCCCUUAUUAACAGAAAGGAACUUCUCCAAAGAGUCAGCAGAUUAGAAGAGGAAUUAGCCAAAGUGAGAGGUGAAUGUAAGGAGAUCCCACUCAGUGAGAAUGAGAAGAGGGAACUGGAGGAAGAUAAGGAAAACAAAGAAGACUUAGAAAAGUCUGUGACUUCUAAGUGGCAAGAAAUAGAAUUUUCUUUAAAACAGGCAAUAUCUGAGAAAGAAGUGGAAUUAGUGCAUGUAAAGAAGGACUUGGAAGAAAAAAUGGCAGCUGAAGAACAACUACAGGCAGUGGUUAAACAGAUGAAUCAGAACUUGCAAGAUAAGACAAACGAAAUCGAUUUACUCCGAGCUGAAAUCAUGGAAAAUCAAGCAAUCAUUCAGAAGUUGACCACAGGUAACAAGGAUGCAGGUGAUGGGGACCCAGCAGCAGCUGUAGAAGAAAGAGUGGUGAGUGGUCCACAUGAUGCAGGUAGUGGAGAACACUGGAAGCCAGAACUAGAAGAAAAAAUACUGGACCUUGAAAAAGAAAAAGAACAACUUCAAAAGAAGCUUCAGGAAGUCUUAACUUCCCGCAAAGCAAUUCUUAAAAAGGCCCAGGAGAAAGAAAGGCACCUUAGGGAGGAGCUGAAGCAACAGAAAGAUGAUUAUAAUCUCUUGCAAGAACAGUAUGAUGAGCAAAGCAAGGAAAAGGAGAACAUUGGAGAGCAGCUAAGGCAACUCCAGGUUCAAGUGAGGGAGUCUGUAGACAAAAGUCGCACAGGCACUGAUCAGCAGGGCUCUCCCACUCAAAAAUUAGAAGAACCUUUAUUCAAAGCCCCAGUACAACACCCCUCUCAAGUGGUCUUAGAGGAUGACUUGUGCUCAGACCGGCCUUCUCAUCCCGAGGCGCAGGGCAGUGUUUCUGUUGCCCAGAUGAAGACCCAGCUGAAAGAGGUAGAGGCUGAGAAAGAGGCGUUAGAACUGAAACUUAGUUCUACAGCAAGUGAGCUUAGUAAAAAAUCAGAAGAGGUACUUCAGUUACAUGAGCAGAUAAAUAAACUAGGUUUAGAAAUCCAGAGUCUGAAGACAGCGUCCCGUGAAGCUGAAGCCUAUGCAGAAAGCCUGAAGGAGAAAUUGGAAAGCAGUCAGCAAGAAAUUGCUGGCCUGGAACACCUAAGAACAUUACAGCCUGAACUAAAUGAACUGCAAAAUAUCAUAAGCCAAAAGGAGGAAAAAGUUAGCUACCUUUCUGGACAACUUAGCAAGAAAGAAGAAACCCUUAUUCAAGUGCAGACAGAGGUAACAGAACAAGAGGCUUUAAUUAAGGCUCUGCAUACACAGCUGGAAAUGCAAGCCAAAGAGCAUGAUGAGAGGAUAAAACAGUUACAGCUGGAACUUUGUGAAAUGAAGCAAAAACCAGAAGAAGCCGGAGAAGAAAGUAAAGCAAAGCAACAAAUACAAAGGAAACUACAGGCUGCCCUUAUCUCCAGAAAAGAAGCACUAAAAGAAAACAAAAGUCUGCAAGAGGAGUUGUCUGUGGCCAGGGAUACCAUUGAACAUCUUACCAAGUCUCUGGCAGAUGUGGAAAGCCAAGUUUCAGCUCAAAACAAAGAGAAAGACACAUUCUUAGGAAGGUUGGCUGUUCUUCAGGAAGAAAGAGACAAACUCAUUACAGAAAUGGACAGGUCUUUACUAGAAAAUCAAAGCCUCAAUGGCUCUUGUGAAAGUCUGAAAUUAGCUCUAGAGGGUCUUACAGAAGAUAAGGAAAACUUAGUGAAGGAAAUUGAAUCCUUGAAAUGCUCCAAGAUUGCAGAAAGCACUGAGUGGCAAGAGAAGCACAAGGAGUUACAAAAAGAGUAUGAAAUCCUUCUGCAGUCCUAUGAGAAUGUUAGUAAUGAAGCCGAAAGGAUCCAGCACGUGGUGGAAACUGUGAGGCAGGAGAAGCAAGAGCUGUAUGGCAAGUUAAGAAACACAGAAGCAAAUAAGAAAGAGACAGAAAAGCAGCUGCAGGAAGCUGAACAGGAAAUGGAAGAAAUGAAAGAAAAGAUGAGGAAGUUUGCUAAAUCUAAACAGCAGAAAAUCCUAGAGCUGGAAGAAGAGAACGACCGGCUCAGAGCAGAGGUGCAGCCUGCGGAAGGUACAGCUAAGGAAUCCAUAGAAGCACUUGUUUCUUCCAAUUCCAGCAUGAAGGAGGAGCUAGAAAGAGUCAACACAGAGUACAAAACCCUUUCUGAGGAGUUUGAGGCUCUAAUGGCUGAGAAGAACUUGCUCAGUGAAGAGGUUCAAGGUUUGAAGCAUCAAAUAGAAGGCAGUGGGUCCAAAAAGGAGAGCCCAGAGGCCACUGAGAAACCUGAUAACGAAAGGGAGAUCACUGAAGAGGCAGCACCAACUGUGCCAAGUGAGGCUGAUGAACAAGAUGCUCUGAGUGUGAGCACAAGGCUUGACUAUUCGGAAUCUGUUCCAUCAGGGAGCAGUGCCGAGGCUAACAUAAAUGAGAAUUUGAGCUCACAUGAUGAAAUUAAUAACUACCUGCAGCAGAUUGAUCAGCUCAAAGAAAGAAUUGCUGAAUUGGAGGAGGAGAAGCAGAAAGACAAGGAAUUUAGCCAGACUUUAGACAGUGAGAGAAAGGCAUUAUUGAGUCAAAUGUCAACAAAAGACGGUGAGCUAAAAAUGCUUCAGGAGGAAGUUACCAAGAUAAACCUGAUAAAUCAGCAAAUUCAAGAAGAACUCUCCAGAGUCACCAAACUAAAGGAGACAGCAGAAGAAGAGAAAGAUGAUUUAGAAGAGAGGCUUAUGAAUCAGUUAGCAGAACUUAAUGGAAGCAUUGGAAAUUAUUAUCAGGAUGUUACAGAUGCCCAAAUUAAAAAUGAGCUACUGGAAUCUGAAAUGCAGAACCUUAAAAAGUGUGUGAGUGAAUUGGAAGAAGAGAAGCAACAGUUAGUCAAGGAAAAAACUAAGGUGGAAUCAGAAAUACGAAAGGAAUAUUUGGAGAAAAUACAAGGAGCCCAGACAGGACCUGGCAAUAAAAGCCAUGCAAAGGAACUGCAAGAGCUGUUAAAAGAAAAACAGCAAGAAGUAAAGCAAUUGCAAAAGGACUGCAUUCGGUAUCAAGAGAAAAUUAGUGCUCUGGAGAGAACUGUUAAGGCUCUAGAAUUUGUUCAGAGUGAAUCUCAAAAAGAUUUGGAAGUGACUAAAGAAAAUCUGGCUCAAGCUGUUGAACAUCACAACAAGGCACAAGCAGAAUUAGCUAGCUUCAAAGUACUGCUAGAUGACACCCAAAGUGAAGCAGCAAGGGUCCUAGCAGACAAUCUCAAGUUGAAAAAGGAACUUCAGUCAAAUAAAGAAUCAGUUAAAAACCAAAUGAAGCAAAAAGAUGAAGACCUUGAGCGAAGAUUGGAGCAGGCAGAAGAGAAACACCUGAAAGAGAAGAAGAACAUGCAAGAGAAACUGGAUGCUUUGCGUAGAGAAAAAGUCCACUUGGAAGAGACGUUUGGAGAGAUACAGGUUACUUUGAAUAAGAAGGACAAGGAAGUUCAGCAACUUCAGGACAACUUGGACAGUACUGUGGCCCAGCUUGCAGCCUUCACCAAGAGCAUGUCCUCCCUCCAAGAUGAUCGCGACAGGGUGAUAGACGAAGCCAAGAAAUGGGAGAGGCGAUUCAGUGAUGCGAUCCAAACCAAAGAAGAAGAAAUAAGAAUCAAAGAGGAGAAUUGCAGUGUUCUCAAGGAUCAACUUAGACAGAUGUCCAUCCAUAUGGAAGAACUGAAGAUCAACGUUUCCAGGCUUGAACAUGACAAGCAGACUUGGGAGUCCAAGGCCCAGACAGAGGUCCAACUUCAACAGAAGGUCUGUGUUACGCUGCAGGAGGAAAACAAAGAACUUCUGUCCCAGCUAGAAGAGGCUCGACACCUAUACCAUGAUUCUCAGAAUGAAUUAACUAAAGUAGAAUCAGAACUUAAGAUUCUCAGAAACCAAUUGGCUGAUGUAAAUAAUUCUUUAGCAAAAUCCAAGCAACAAGAAGAAAAUUUGGAAGGUGUCAUAAAACAGCAAGAGGCCAAUAUCCAAAAUUGCAAGUUCAGUUAUGAACAACUAGAGACUGAUCUUCAGGCAUCCAGAGAAUUGACCAAUAGGCUACAGGAAGAAAUAAAUAUGAAAGAGCAGAAGAUUGUAAGCCUGAUUUCUGGCAAGGAAGAGGCAAUCCAAAUAGCUAUUGCUGAACUGCAACAGCAACAUGAUAAAGAAAUGAAAGAACUGGAAAACCUGCUAUCCCAGGAAGAAGAAGAAAAUAUUGUUUUAGAAGAAGAGAACAAAAAAGCUGUUGACAAAACCAAUCAGCUUAUGGAAACACUAAAAACCAUCAAAAAGGAAAACAUUCAGCAAAAAGCUCAAUUGAGUUCUUUUGUUAAAUCCAUGUCUUCUCUCCAGGAUGACCGAGACCGCAUAGUAAGUGACUAUCAACAGCUAGAGGAGCGACAUCUGUCUGUAAUCUUGGAAAAAGACCAACUCAUUCAAGAUGCUGCUGCUGAGAAUAACAAGCUUAAGGAAGAAAUUCGAGGCUUGAGAAGUCAUAUGGAUGAUCUCAAUUCUGAGAAUGCCAAGCUGGAUGCGGAACUGAUCCAAUACAGAGAGGACCUGAACCAGGUGAUAUCCAUAAAGGACCUUCAGCAAAAGCAACUCCUUGAAGCUCAACUUCAGCAAAAUAAAGAGCUCAAAAAUGAAUAUGCUAAAUUAGAAGGAAAACUGAAGGAGUCUGAGGAAGCAAAGGAGGAUCUGCAGAGGUCCACUCAUGCCCUACGAGAGGAGAACCAAGGUUUAUCUAAAGAGAUUGAGAACCUGAAAGUAUCCAUAUCUCAACUUAAGAGACAAGUGACAGCCUUGCAAGAAGAAGGUACUAUAGGAAUGUAUCAUACCCAGUUAAAAGGAAAAGAAGAAGAGAUACAGAGAAUGAAUGCUACACUUUCCUCUUCUCAGAAGAGAAUUGUAGAACUGGAAGAGGAAUUGGUUUGUGUUCAAAAGGAAGCUGCCAAGAAGGUGGGUGAAAUUGAAGAUAAACUGAAGAAAGAAUUAAAACAUCUUCAUCAUGAUGCAGGGAUAAUGCGAAAUGAAACCGAAACAGCAGAAGAGAGGGUGGCAGAGCUAGCAAGAGAUCUAGUAGAGAUGGAACAGAAAUUACUCACAGUCACCAAAGAGAAUAAAGAUCUCACUGCACAAAUUCAGUCUUUUGGAAGAUCUAUGAGUUCCUUGCAAGAUAGCAGAGAUCGUGCCAGUGAGGAGCUUGAUGAACUGAAAAGGAAAUACGAAGCCAAUCUGAAAGAGCUGGCGCAGCUGAAAGAACAGCAAGGUGUCCUGAACAGAGAGGGAGAUGCUCUUCUUCCAAAAGCUGCCUUCCCAGCUAACCCCACUGAGGACAGCAGCUUGUCUCGCCUUGAAAACCUUAACCAACAGCUCAUUUCCAAAGAUGAGCAACUGCUGCACUUGUCCUCCCAACUAGAAGAUUCUUACAACCAAGUGCAGUCCUUCUCCAAGGCUAUGGCCAGUCUACAGAAUGAGAGGGAUCACCUGUGGAAUGAGCUAGAGAAGUUCCGGAAGUCAGAGGAAGGGAAGCAGAGAUCUGCAGCCCAGCCUGCCACCAGCCCAGCUGAAGUACACAGUUUAAAAAAAGCUAUGUCUUCACUCCAAAAUGACAGAGACCGACUACUGAAGGAACUGAAGAAUCUACAGCAGCAGUACUUACAGAUGAAUCAAGAGAUCACUGAGUUACGUCCACUGAAGGCUCAACUUCAGGAGUAUCAAGAUAAAACCAAAACAUUUCAGAUUAUGCAAGAAGAGCUCAGGCAGGAGAGCCUCUCUUGGCAACAUGAAUUGCAUCAGCUCAGGAUGGAGAAGAGUUCCUGGGAAAUGCAUGAAAGGAGAAUGAAGGAGCAGUACCUGAUGGCCCUCUCGGAUAAAGACCAGCAGCUCAGUCAUCUGCAGAAUCUUAUGAGGGAGUUGAGGUCUUCUUCCUCCCAGGCUCAGCCCCUCAAAGUGCAGUACCAAAGACAGGCAUCUCCAGAGACAUCAGCUUCCCCAGAUGGAUCACAGAACCCAGUUUAUGAAACGCAACUUCUCAGGAGCCAACUCAGUGACAGCUUGAAGGAAAUUCACCAAAAGGAAUUAAGAAUUCAGCAGCUGAAUAGCAAGUUUUCUCAGCUGCUCGAAGAGAAGAAUACCCUUUCCAUUCAGCUCUGCGACACCAGCCAGAGUCUUCGGGAGAGCCAGCAGCACUACAGUGAUCUCUUUAACCAUUGUGCCGUCUUGGAGAAGCAGGUUCAGGAGCUGCAGGCGGGGCCACUGAAUGUUGAUGUUGCCCCAGGAGCUCCCCAGGAAAAGAAUGGAGUCCACAGGAAGAGUGAUCCUGAGGAUCUGAGGGAGCCACAGCUCAGCUUCUCUGAGGCCCAGCAGCAGCUGUGCAGCACCAAACAGGAAGUGACUGAAUUAAGGAAGCUUCUGGAAGAAGAACGAGACCAAAGAGUGGCCGCUGAGAACGCGCUCUCCGUGGCUGAGGAGCAGAUCAGGCGGUUGGAGCACGGCGAGUGGGACUCUGCGCGGACUCCUAUCAUUGGCUCCUGCGGCACUCAGGAGCAGGCGCUGUUAAUAGAUCUUACGAGCAACAGCUGUCGAAGGAGCCGGAGUGGCACUGGAUGGAAGCGAGGCCUCCGUUCGCUCUGUCAUUCCCGCACCCGAGUGCCCCUGCUGGCAGCCAUCUACUUCCUGGUGGUUCAUGUGCUACUCAUUCUGUGCUUCACGGGCCAUCUGUAGACUUGGCUGUCACUUUUUGGACCGCUCCCCUCCGACUCUGGAAUCCCCUCACCUCUGAUGGCGGAAGUGUCGAAUCCGGUGGAACAGUCAUCCCCUUUCCGCAGCGUCUCUCCAGCCCUCCCGCAGAAAGUGCCUGCAAAGCAGAGGUGCCGGGAGCGCCUGGUGGAGCUGCAGGGACUGGCAAGUCGGCGUUCGUCUACUGCCCACAGCCCGGACACUUCUGCCUCUUCUCAGAAGCCCCAACGUAGGUUUGUUGAGGUCAAAUUGGUUCAGAUCUUGCUGGGCGCUCAUCUGAGAUCCUGAGGAAUGCCUUUUGGCCAAGCCAGGAAGAUGGUUCCAAUAAACCUAAUAACUCAAGUCCAGUAUCAUUUUGAUUGUUGACCUUCUUUGUCACAUUUUGCCUAUAUUUUUCCUGCUUUGGGGAGCGGGGGUGGAAAUGGCCCCUGCCGAGGACAAAGUUCUGGAGGGGGAACCCGUUGCCUGAUAGCACAUGUCACUGGGUCUGAUGGUGAAGAGCUCCCCCGGGUUUGGGCUGUUGGGUCACGGGGGAGAGUAGCUGCUUCUUCCCAGGCUGUUCAGAUCCCACUGCGGCGGGGAUCUGUGCUCCUGGGCUGUGAGGCUAGCUCCCAUCACAGUGGGUGCCCUUGAUCUCGAGUAUUAAAGUAUUAAGCGAUCAGUGCCUUUCCUUUCACCGAGACAGGAAAUACUGGCUGUGGACAGCAGGGUUCGGAUUCUUGUCAUUCCUGUAUGAUCUGGAGAGUGCCAGCAGGAGCCUGUCCAAGGGGAAGCACCAACUCGCAGCCAGGGGUCUGACUGGUCUGGCAGCUGCACCGCAGCUCCCAGUCUCCUGCAGUACUAAGCUACUUUGCUACUGGCGACGGUUCUUCCAGUUUCUCGGUCCCAGAGUCAUCUGGCCUCUGUGAUAAUAGAGGAGAGAAAAGAGUGAAAUCCAGCCCUGAGAAUGACCACCAGGAUUGAAUUCCACGUGUGCCUGUUUGCUGCCUCCCCUCCCUUCCCCAUCCCUUACCACUUGGUGGUUUUCUCACUGUGGACAUUGUAUGUUCCCUGCCUGUUGCCACCACCCAAGGAAGAGGGAAAACUGGUAGGUUUCUCAUCUGCUCUAAAUCUUGGUUCUGUGGUGAUUGAAUCUUGGUCACAGCAUCCCAGGGACUUUCCUGAACAACUGUAAAAUAAUAAAAUUAUUUUCCAAAUGAA